AUGACCACCCCCAUCAGUGCCUCGCGAUCCUCUGCUCAGAGAUUGCCUAAAAAUGUCGUGGCAAUCAAUUCACCUCAUUCUACCCCACUUCAUAUCACAACGCCCACAACAACAUGCACCUCCACUCCACACGGUGAUCCAGGUGAUUCGCCUGCCCUUGUGCCCCCCAUCCGUCUUGCCACUCUCGUGGAACUUGACCUCGAAUCGAUUUUGAGCAAUGUUCAGCUAAGACACGAUCUUUUGUUUGACCCUGGCUUGCAAUUCAGGCCCACCAUUGGACGUCGGAAGCGUGAAGCGGCUAAUAGAUACUGGACAGCAGUACAACGAGAGCUUGAGAUUGGCUGCACAUGCACCUCAUUUGAUCAUUUGGGACUCGUGCUUCCUUGUUCGUGUCACUCAAAUAGUGCCCCCUCUUCUACUCUUCUGCAGCCAGGAUCAAUGGCCCAUAUUCCUUUCUCCAAAAGCCCAGGGGCUUCAAGGAUGCCUGCUCUAAUUGAGGAGUUGCGCGAGAUAUUGUUGACUGUAAUGACACCAAGUCCUAUCCCUUUACCCGAUAUUUUAAAUUUGGAUGUCGCCAGCGACGAUGCCUUCAGCGAUCUUUUAAUAACGCCAUUAGGUGUCACCAGCAAGCUAGUCGUAAAACAAGCCAGAAGCUCCGCAACAAAUACUCCACCAGCCCUUGCAACAAACCCGCCACCCAACCAAAAAAGUGGGAAAUCAUUGUCCUGCUUUCCAAUCAUUUACCCAGCAUUGUCGCCGCGCACCUCUCAUCAACAUCGUCAGGUCCGUGCCAUGCUUGAUGUGCCGUUAGUGUUGCAGCAGAUCCAGCACGGUGUUUUCGAUCCAGUACAGCUUCUUUCGUCAAUAGGGCGUCUGCUGAAGUUUCAUUGCGCCCCUAUUCGCGAUGGCAUUGUGAAUGAUAUGAUGGUGUUAGCUGAGAGAUCACGGAAUGCUGGGAAAAACGGGAAACUAGAUUUAGGCAUUGCGGUACAGGCCAUUCGGCGUUGCUUUGAUGUAUUGGAGCUUAUGCGAUUGGAUAUCGCAAAUCAUCAAUUGCAAACGCUUCGUCCUUACUUAAUGAAGUCGGCUGCUCAGACGGAGUUGGCCGCUGUGCUUCAGCUGCAACAGCGUGGCUCAAUGUCUUUGCAGGAUACGCGAUCUUGGAUCAGCAAGCACCUUUUAUCGAUUUCACCCUCGAUCGACCACCCUGAUUGUUCCAAGCGGAGAUCACUUGUCUUCGAAGCCGUUGCAGAAGGCAUAGUUGAUCUAGUGUUUUCUCCUCCGGCCUUUUCUCCCUCUACCAUCGCAUCCUUCUCUCGCCAGAUCUUCCUCCCUCCUUCCCAGCAACCCAGCGAACCUCCUCCAUCUUUAUUCUGUCACCAACAACCACAGCAAGCACCAAGUUCUGCGGCAUCUGGCUAUCCGGAGACAUUGUGGUUAGAUCAGACGAGACUCGGUAUCUUAAGCGCGGAUGCUGCCGAUCUCUCGGUGUUGUACAUGCUCAUACUGCUUUUCCGACAAGUGGUGCAUUCUGUCAAACCAUCUUCCUCUUCUCCGCAUAUUCAAGCCUGGGAAUUAGACCGCCUCAAGAAGGAAAUUUGGGAACUUGGGCCAGAACGGCCCGGCUGGCGGUUCUUUAGGGGCGGGAUUGGUGCGAUUCACAAGCCCACUCAGGAACAGGAGACCAGAUGGGAAUGCUCGAUGCGUGAUGUUACUCUGCAAAUUGGGAGAAGAGCUGUCGAGAUAGCCUCCAAAACGAAACCCUUGGAGGAGUCGGCGACUUUAACAAGCGAUCAUGGCGUUCGAUCAACGAAGGUUCCCCUGAGUCCCUCCCUUCUUUUGCUGUUGGAGGGAUGGGUCGAGACUAAUUUGCAUACGGGUUCCUCUCUUCGCGUCUUGACGCACAAUAGGCUUCGGGCAGCCAUUUUACAAUUCGUGCGAGCGUCAACUUGUCACAGGGCAGACGUCUCUGGUCAAACGCCGAUGGAACCCAUUGUUCCUCCCGGCGUUGGUUUGGAGCCUCUCAUUCCGGAAAUUCGACACCUGAGCGAGCGCAUAGGCAGUCUUGUGCUAUUCCAUUGCCAAGUGUUUGGGCGGGUCUACGAAGACCCUGAUUUCAUGGUUCCCUGUUGACAUAUUUAUUUUGCUUCGUUAACCUAGCUUUGGCGUGUCAUUUCUUGCGCCUUCGCCCACUUGAUUGAGCCAAUAUGAGGCUUCAUUUGAGAACAGGAUGAGAUACCACUUUGUGACCAGCUGUUAGGCAUGAAUUGAAUGAUCCUGCAAGUAGAUCGAAAGUUGCUUCAGGCAAAACGUCAAAACGUCAUGGACG